AUGCCAGCAACAUCUUACACUCCAGGUGAACUCCUGAUCCUGCGGAGCUUCCUGCCCGAAUGGAAGGCGGGCAGCUCGGAUGACCGUAAGGAUGUCCGGGCGCGCGCAGUCGAGCAAUUGGAGGCCCACCUUGGAAGGGCGUUGAAGAGGGGGGCGAAAAAGGCUGUCCGGGCGUGGUUUUACAAUACCGCUCCUGUGAAGAAUAAGAAGAAGAAAGAUAGGCCCUCCGCGUUCGGCCGACGACUGAACUGGCACCGUGUCGUGGCAUGGCACAUGCCCGCGGAACUGGAAGAGAAGAUGGCUUCGACCGGGGUCACUCACGGAGACAAAGACUUCCUCGCGACGUAUCAAAAGGAGCUGCGGAAUCUUGCCAACAGUCUCCCUCGGGCGAAGCAACGGGAAUACAAGGAGGAGGCCGUCCGGUGGAAUUCGGAAGGUCAACCUCACGAGCUGCAAGACCGGAACAUCGUUCGGAAGAGCGAAGCGGUCAUGUUAGACUUCGCAAACUACGUGUGGAGGAACUUCGGUAUGCGCGUGUUCGUCCACGCCGUCUACAAAUCCCUGGAAGGCAAACCGUGUUUAAUUGACUUUGAUUGCAACGACCUUGUCGACCCCAACGCCCAGCGCUCAGCGGGUCGGGUCAAAUUCAAGGAUAUGUACCCUGACUACAAACGUGCGGACGGGUUCCGAGAUCUAUUCAAGGACUAUGGGCACAAACUGUUUGCGGGCGAGGACGUAUCGGAGGACAGUGAUGCGGAUGUGAGGGCGAGUAAGCGGGGCGUGCCGAAGAUUGACUGGGAGAUGUACGAUGACGACACUCCCUGUAUGCCGCACCACGGUGACGAGUGCUUCAAGAAUCUACGGAACAAGAAGGCAUUCAUUUCGGAGUUCGUCCGGCUCCAUUACGGUACUGACAGUAGUGCAACAGUGGCGUAUACAAAAAUGCCGAAACUGAGAGUCCCUUGGGUCGCCCUCCAGGCAUCUUCGGAGCAGCUUCUCGAGGCCGGGUCCCUUCCAAACGGCGUCAACCUUCGAGAACCCUCUCACAUGAAGCAGGCAGAGGUGGACGCCAUCAUCGCACACUGGCGGACAAGGGCUACCUCCACACGGCUUGCCUUUGUCAUUUGUUUCAUUGCCUACCGAAACCAUCAAAGCGAGAUCGUGUCUGUGGAACAUGAGGAGCCGCGGACAGCUGCCCGUCGUGCUGCCCGGAGUGCACGACCUCGGCGUCAAUCGUCCCCCCAUCCGAAGGGUCGCCGCUCGCGUCCAAGUGGCUCGAAGCCUGUGAGUGUCCCCCUGGCACAACGGAGUGAGGCCUCCGAUGGAGACGACGAGCGGGACAACCUUCAUGAACGCCAGUCGGACACCGAUCGUAGUGACGCGGACGUCGCCAGCGAAAGUGACCUACCUGACAAGAAAUCGUCUUCUUCCUCGUCAUCGACAUCUUCGAGCUCCUCAACUGGAAGUGAUCCCGCUACCCCGCCGCCCCCCCGUCACAAGAGCGGAGAGCUAGUAGUGCGGCCUUUGCCAGACCACUCCCCAUCGCCCUAG